AUGACUUCCGAAAAGUCACCAAUGGCUUCGGAAAAGUCUGCCUCUCGCUUCAUAGAGUCUGGUGUUCUCCAACCGCCCAGUCCUACUACUGAUGCUGCUACGCUCAAGAGGCUUGAGGCUGGUGAUCAUGGUGCGGUCAAGACGACGGAGUAUUUCACGAGGAAGAGUCCCCCGUCGAGAUCCGCUCACAGCUCAUAUUCGGGUACGCCUGCUGCAAUGCAGAUUCCCGACGCCGCGGCUGCGGAUCUGCCUGUUGUCGCGAGGUAUAUCGCUCGUCGCGCAACACUUCUAGGAUGGUUCGAUGAGCCUGCUGCUACUGCCAUCACAAGCGGCUGGUCAUCAACAUGCAUUGCCCUCAAGAAGCCUGAUGGCACAUACAUCUACAACCCAGAUGACCCCAGCCCAGUCUUGGCCGCUGCUGUCAAUCGCCUCAAUGAGAGCGCCAUUGUGUCGAUGGCCUCUGAGGUCACCAACUCAGUGCUUGACAGCAUCAAGCCUGGACAGGCGAGUCUGGUGAAUGAAGACACUGGCGCUCGCAUCCCCAUCAUUCCCAGUCUUGCAGAUGUCCAUGAGACACUUGUGCACUUGACAAGUUCAUGCAUUGUCGUACAAGAACGAUGUGUACUCAUCUGGGCUCAUGAGGCAAGGACUGUCCUUACAGUGGCUCAUAAUGUCGAGAAGCAGAUGCUCGGAUUCAUCGUUGGUCCCAACAUGCCUCGUGGUCUUCACGCCCAAACAGAAGAUCAAUCCGUCAAUGGUAUGCCAACUCCCGUCCGCGGUGCCAUUGAUGAGAGAAAUGAGAUUUACCAAGCCGCCAUCAAGGUUGAGGAGGGCGGUGAAGGAGAUGAAGACGUCGAGGGCCAGGAGCUCAAGCGUCCGACUCUUCUUGUUCACUCGUUCCGAAUUGGUAUUGUUAUCAUGCUGGUCAUUCUCACGCAGAGCGUGGGUGUUUCAAGAUUGAUCCGACAAUGGUCUUGGGAUGGCGAUUUUACGCGCUUUGCCCUGGUUGCUGUCAUUCCGCCUCUGUGCGUUCUGUCAUUGUUCUUCUUCAUUGUUGUCAUCAGCAGUGUCUUCCAACUACUUCUACCGGCUGGUAUCUGUUUGAGGAACUCCAAAUUCCAUUCUGCCAUCAAGCCCAACCCCAAGCGUUACAGGGACUACCAACUUCCCCACAUCACCGUUCAGAUGCCUGUCUACAAAGAGGGUCUCCGAGGUGUCAUCGUCCCUACCAUGGUCUCCGUAAUGGCAGCAAUCCAACACUACGAAAACCAAGGCGGCACCGCCUCAGUCUACAUCAACGACGACGGCAUGCAAUGCAUCCAACCCGAGCUCGCCGCCGCCCGCAAGCAAUACUACCGCGAAAACGGCAUCGGCUACUGCGCCCGCCUGCCCAACAAGAAAUCCCCCAAGUCCAAGUCCUUCUCCUGGUUCAAACGCUCACCCCCCGUGGACCCUGAAGUCGACAACCAAGACGAAUCAGAAGUCAGUCCUCAAGGCCGCGCCAACGAACUCGGUUUCGUGCGCAAGGGAAAGUUUAAGAAGGCUAGUAACAUGAAUUAUUGUCUUGCUUUCUCGAAUAGAGUUGAAGAUGAGAUGUUGAGGCUUACGGAGCUGGAGUGUGAGAGUAGAGGGUGUGCGUAUGAGGAUUUGAGUGCGGAGGAUGAUGAUCGGUUGUAUGACCAGGCGUUGCAGAAUAUGGUUGAUGCUGAUGAGGGGAAGACUUGGGCGGAGGGGAAUAUCCGCAUGGGUGAGAUCAUUCUUCUCAUUGACUGCGACACCCGUGUCCCCAUCGAUUGUCUUCUCUACGGCGCUCUUGAGAUGUAUGAAUCUCCUGAAGUCGCUAUCCUCCAGCACGGCUCAGGCGUUAUGCAAGUUGCGCACAACAUCUUUGAGAACGGUAUCACCUACUUCACCGACAUUGUGUACACAGCUAUCAAGUAUGGUGUUGGCACUGGCGAUGUCGCGCCGUUUGUUGGUCACAAUGCGUUCUUGAGAUGGAAGGCUAUUCAGAGUGUUGCCUUUGUUGAUCCCUCGGACAAGGUCACUAAGUGGUGGUCUGACUCGCAUGUGUCUGAGGACUUUGAUAUCAGUUUGAGAGUGCAGAUGGCUGGUAUGGUAUGUCGAUUGGCGACGUAUCAUAAUGGUGGCUUCCAGGAAGGUGUGUCGUUGACGGUUUAUGAUGAGCUGAACAGAUGGGAGAAGUAUGCUUAUGGUUGCAACGAGCUUGUCUUCCAUCCUUUCUACAAGUGGCCUUACAAGGGUCCUGUUACUCGACUCUUCCUCCGCUUCCUCUGGAGCAACAUGCCAGUUACCAGCAAGGUUUCCAUUCUGGCCUACAUUUUCACCUACUACGCCAUCGCUGCUGGUAUGCUCCUCACUCUGGUCAACUACGUCCUCGUCGGUCUCUUCUUCCAAGACCUCGACCAAUUCUACACUCCAUCAUGGGGUAUCUGGGUCUCCCUCCUCGUCGUCUUCAACGGCGUCGCCUCCAUUGCGACAAGCAUGACCCGUCACCGUCUCAAAGAAAAGUCCUUCUGGGUCGCCAUCCUCGAAGCCUGCAAGUGGCUUCCCUUUCUUCUCCUCUUCUUUGGUGGUAUCAGUAUCAACUGUGCCAAGGCUCUUCUCUGCCAUGCCUUCUCCGUCAACAUUGAGUGGGCGUCGACAUCCAAGGAGCUGGGUCCUACAGGUAUCUACAUCGGAUUGAACAAAAUGAUGCACCGAUUCAAAUGGACUUUCCUUAUCUGCAUUGUUCUUGCGGCUGGUAUGAUGUACAUGGCUUUUGGUGCGCCUUGGGGCUGGACUAUUGCUCCUGGAAAGUUCUCUGCUGGUACUUAUGCUAUUGUGCCUUUGGCUGUACAGGUCUCUUGCGCGUUUGCUCUGCCGCUUUUCCUCGGCUUGACUUAA